CCUCCCGCCCGCCCCGCCGCCGGCCGCGGGAUGCGGGAUGCGUCCGGCGGCGGAGCGCCGGCUGCUGCCAGGAGCCGGGGGCAGCCGGGCGGGCAGGGGGGCUCCCGCCGCCGCCGCGGCUCGGCGCCGCCGCCGCGGCUGGGCUUAGGCUCCCGCUGGGCUGCGAUGCGGAGCGGCGGGGCGGGCGCGGCGGGGCCCUGCGGGAGGGCGCGGGGCGCCGCCGGGCGCUGAGGCGGGCGGGCGGGCGAGGAGCCGCCGGAGCUCUCCAGGGUGCUGGGUGCUGCCCGCCCGAGCCGCGCCGCGGAGCCCCUCCGAUGCCUCCGAGAGCGCCGCUCCCGGGCUCCGCCGCCUCUCCGAGCAGCAUGGCCCGGAUUAGGUACCUCCGCGCGGCUGUCUCGGGGUUUUAUCUGUGGGAAGCUGCGAUACUGCUCAGCUUGGUAGCCACAAAGGAAACAGACAGUGCAAGAUCUCGUAGCAUGCCAAUGUCACCAUCUGAUUUCCUGGAUAAGCUAAUGGGCAGGAUGUCAGGCUAUGAUGCGAGGAUCAGACCAAAUUUCAAAGGUCCUCCAGUUAAUGUCACAUGCAACAUAUUUAUAAACAGCUUUGGAUCCAUUGCAGAAACAACCAUGGAUUACCGAGUGAACAUCUUUCUCCGUCAGAAUUGGAAUGAUCCACGCCUUGCAUACAGUGAAUAUCCAGAUGACUCUUUAGAUUUAGAUCCAUCCAUGCUGGAUUCCAUUUGGAAACCUGAUUUGUUCUUUGCUAAUGAAAAAGGUGCCAACUUUCAUGAAGUUACAACAGAUAAUAAGUUGUUGCGGAUUUUCAAAAAUGGAAAUGUACUUUAUUCCAUCAGAUUGACUUUAAUACUUUCCUGUCCCAUGGAUCUCAAAAAUUUUCCAAUGGACGUGCAAACAUGUAUAAUGCAGCUGGAAAGCUUUGGAUACACAAUGAAUGAUCUCAUUUUUGAGUGGCAAGAAAAGGGAGCGGUUCAAGUAGCAGAAGGUCUCACUCUGCCACAGUUUCUGCUGAAAGAAGAAAAGGAUUUAUGUUACUGCACCAAGCAUUACAACACAGGAAAGUUUACAUGUAUUGAAGUCCGAUUCCACCUGGAGAGGCAGAUGGGUUACUAUCUCAUCCAGAUGUACAUACCCAGCCUCUUGAUCGUGAUUCUCUCCUGGGUGUCGUUUUGGAUCAAUAUGGAUGCAGCUCCAGCCAGAGUGGCUUUAGGCAUAACAACUGUGCUGACCAUGACAACACAAAGCUCAGGUUCACGAGCAUCUCUUCCAAAGGUGUCAUACGUCAAAGCCAUUGACAUCUGGAUGGCAGUGUGUCUGCUCUUUGUGUUUUCUGCGCUUCUGGAGUAUGCAGCUGUAAACUUUGUGUCCAGGCAGCAUAAAGAACUCCUGCGAUUCAGACGCAAGAGGAAGAAGAGUAAGUAUUUUGAGGGAGUUCUUGAUGGAAAUGAAAUCAGUGAAUCAUUGCAGCAUAGCAAUGGCUUGAGAUGUGCAGGACGUAUAGACGGGACUUUGCCUCAAAUCUACAGUACAAAUUUAAGGCAGGAUGAUGAUACACGUGACAGUCAGUUUAGCAUUACAGCAUAUGGAGUGGGUCCAUGUGUGCAAGCAAAAGAUGGAAUAACACAAAAGGGGGCAAAUAAUCCUGUUCAACCUGUACCAAAAAGCCCUGAUGAGAUGAGAAAGGUAUUCAUUGACCGGGCCAAGAAGAUUGACACAAUAUCCAGAGCUUGUUUCCCAUUAGCCUUUCUGAUUUUCAAUAUUUUUUAUUGGGUAAUCUACAAAAUCAUCAGGCAUGAGGACAUUCACCAGUAACAAGAUUCAGGCUUGCAGUACAUAAAGAUCUGGCUGCCACACUCAACGGGAGACCUUUUGUUAGACAUGCACACCAGAGGAGUGAUUGGAAGAGUUAAAAACAAUGAGGGGGAGGAAAAGGAUCCUGCAUGGCCUGCAGUGACCAGCUACAGUGGGAUGGAAGAAUGAAACCCAGAGAAGAUACAUCUGCUAUUGCAAACUUUCCUUGUCAAACUAAAUAUUAACAACUUUUUCAUUGAAAAUCACUAUCUACUGAAGCUUUACUGCCAAGUAUUUAUACAUAAUGUUACAUAGUGGUAAAAUUGUACAGUACUCUUUGAUGGUCCUUAAAUUUUUUUAAUUCUGGUGUAUUUUUAAUUUUGAAAAUGUCUGCAGAACACCCUAGGUGAAUCCCACAGUAUUACAGAAUAUAUUAGUGCUUCUAAGUUUUCUUUUAAUUUUACAAUAUAAUGACAAAUUACUGAUUGGAGAAAACAGCUUAAAGGACUUGAUCUAGUCUUAGGACAGUACUGUUGGUUUUACAGUGAACAUACUUAACAUUUUAAAGUCAUUUAAUUUAUUCAAUGUACUUCAUAUUACUGUUGCCUUGGAAGAUGUAUGUUGAAAUAAUCCCAGCACAAGGUAUACAGCCUAACAGUCUACCUUUCACAUGAGAAAUAUACUAAAAUUUGUAAAGCAUUGAUUCCUGCAAAGGAUUUUUUUCCUUUUAUUUACCUUUACUUUGAUAAUUUAAUUUAAUUAAUUAAUUUUAUUUAAUCCCUUUUUAUAUUUUAAGGUGUUUUUUUUCUAAAUUCAUAAAACUCAGCUUGUGAAAUAGACAAAUUACAUCAAAAUUGUGCAAUGCUUCAUUUUGAUUCAAUGCAAAGAGAUUUUGGACCAAAACAGAAAGCAGAGUCAACUCCUUUGCUGAAGCAUUUGGGAGAUGAAUACAGUUAUGUUUAUGCACAUUCAUUUCCUAUAUAUUACAUAAUUCCAGGAACUUUAAUUUAUGAAUAUGUCAAAAUGUCUGACUCAUUCCUUGAAGUUUGUUAAUAUGAUUUAGAUACUGGUUAAGAAGCGUGUCACAACUUUGGAAAAACACGCAGCUCUUCUGAAACGAAAGAAAAAUACCUGGAUGGUCUUUUACUUUACUAGAUUUCACAUUAAAAAUAGGAGAACAAAUAUUAAAACUCUUAGAUCUUCCCUGUUAGGUUUGAAUAAGCCAUAUUAGCUGCUUCUUUGAAUUAUAACACCAUAGAACAUAUUUAUGGCACGGUGUCCUGGCAAGAGUAUUUACUUUUGUCAAUCUAUUGGCAAAAAAACCAUGCUAUGAUGUGGAAAUAUAGCAUUUAGUUAUUAGAUACUCUUAAGUCCAGUUAGUGAGGCUGCUUCUCAUUGCAAAAUAUUUUUAUUUUGGACGUGUUUAAAAUGUGUGCUUUGUUGAUGAUCAGAAUGUGUAUACAAAAGCAGGAUCAGCUGGAGGCAAACAUCUGGUGCACUGCCAAAGGCAUGGUGCAUAUGAAGUAACAGAAGCAAUGUAACUCUGUGCUGGGGCUUGUAACAUAGCAACCUCGGCUUUGGUUUGGUUUGUUAUUGUUUUCCUGCCAGGAUUACUUAGAGGGAUUCUAUAAUAGUACAUCUCACAUUUUCUUAAAUUGUGAAAUUCAGAAAAACAUGUAUAAUCCACCUUUAUUUUAAAACUAUUAUUCUUUUAUAGUUUAGCUUCAUUUAUAAUCUAAAAUUAAUUAAAUUCAUUUUUUUUGUUUGUUUGUUUUUGUUUGUUUUUUUGUUUUGUUUUGGGGUUUUUUGGGGUUUUUUUUUCCUGAUAUUUUGUCUGCUAUUUUAUCUCUUUCUUUAUGUGCAUGUUCCAAAAAAAUCUCAUUCCCUUAUGAAGGUCUGAGGAGGUAUCAUGAAUUUAUGGCUGAUAUUCACCUCUCUCAAAGUUAGGGUUAGUUAUAUUGUAUGGAAAGGUUGUUAACAUGUUUCUGUUAUCAGCAAAAUAACUUUAUUUUCUUUAGGGGUUGUUUUCAAAUGCACAUUACAUUUGGCAUGUGAUUCUAUUUUGAUACAAUGGAACCAAGAUCUCUCUGGAUCUGAUGGUUUUGUGGACAUUUAAAGGAACCAUAACAUUUACCAAGGUAACAUAAACCUCUGUAGUCCACUAACAUGUUUUUCAAAAGAAAUAAUAACUUUAAGCUUCAUUUCAAUUAUUCCUGAAUUACUUUGUAUAAAGUCAUGUGGUAGAGAAAGAGAAAUGUCAUUUAAGAUUAUAAGAAAUUUCAAGGCACAAAUGCCUGCUAUUCACCACUGACAACGGGAAUAGUCCAAAACAGCCAGCAGGCAUGCCAGCCCUCUGUGCAAAGCUGGAAUCAACAACUACUGACAUCAACUAAGAUUACUGUAAGAGAUUAUAUUUUUGCAACUGUAUAAUGAAGCAGCAGGAAAUGAAGUUAAGAUGCAAGGAUUGAAAGGUGCUCUGCAGUACUUACCACACUGCAGUAUUUUUGUUGCACUCCCAUCAAAGAGACAGUGGAAAUGCAGAAAAACACUCAUCACGGAGAUAAUGCUUGAGGCAAAUGGUACCUAGCAGGCUUCCUCCUACAUCUAGAAAAGGCCCCAUUCAUUAGGCAGAAGUAAUAGCUACCUCACUUCACUAUCACUGGACCUGGGCUCUGCAGAGGACAAGUCCUUGGCAAAGCCACAUAAGAAGCCUUCUCAUAAGCACAAUCCCUGUGUGACAGGAUAAUGCAGCUUUGUCCCAAGUCAUCAUCCAACAUAGGUGCAGACAAUGUACUUCACAGGUCAUGUUUUUGUGGACCAGCCCUAUGCCUCAAAAAUUAAUUACUGGCACUUGAAGGACACUGUAACACAAUGAGAACAGAGACACUGUGGGAUCUGGAGAAAUACCCCAGUAACAGAGAUACUGAGGAGCUGACACAGUCAACAUAAAGGGAAAAAAGGGAUCCUAAUACUAAGCACCCUUAGUAUUUUUCCCAAUCCUGCUGUGUCUCCGUAGGUGCACUUGCACAGGUGGAAGCAGUAACUACAGGGGAAAACAAUUUAUGUCAUCUGCUGCAAAGUUUGUAUUGUUUUGUGACAGUAAUUUCUACCUGUGCAGAUUGACUUCCACACCAUCCUCUUUCUUGAUAGAAAGAGAAGCAAAACAGAAAGAUAGAGGAUGAAAAGUCUGGGUUGUGCAUAGGAGAACAGGGGCCACAGGGAGGGAGAAAGCCCAAAGCAGAGCCUGGAACCUCUUACGUGAUUGUCUUUUCAUUCUGCACUAAAGAGAGAUGUGGCCACAUCCCCUCACAAGGCAAAAGACUCCAGUACCUUGAGGGAGAACAAGAAAAGCCCCAUAGAGGUGCAGUAGAAAUAUUCAAGUAUCACUGUGCCUAACUACUUAAAUUCCAAACAGCAAAAUGCAUUUUAUUUUUAAAACUAGAUUCAAAUAUCAACACAAUAGGCUUGCAUGGUUAGAGGGAUGGCUUUUUUUUCUCUAUAAUGCUCAUAAACUAUGUGAAGAUGUAAGGGAAUAAGGCAUACUAAUACUGUACUACUUAGAACUCAGCUAUUUUAAGACCAAAAUAAAGUACGUUUUACUUUCAAGGACUUUUGACAGCAAGUAGUAUUGUUUAACAGGUUAGUGUAAUUCAGGAGGAAUAGAGCAUUUACUUAAGAUUUAAUUAUUUUUUUAGCUCAAUCAUAAAUUAGGUUUCUUUGGAUUCCUUUUCUUAUUGCUUAUUCCAAAAUCUGCUUUAUAAAGAAUCAUUUGUGAUGUGUGAGAGAUGAUUCUGUUUACUCACUAGACAGAAAUAUUUAGGUGAUUAAAUGUGCACUUUACAUUUAAGGAGUGAGAUAUUGCUUCCACUUCGUGUAUAAUCCCUUACAGAACUGUAGACUGAUAAUGUAGAUAAAGAUGGAAUAUAAUAAACUGUACAAAACCUUAUAUUUUUUAACAGUAGGGAAAGAUAAAAAGUCUUCCUUAACCUUAGAAAAAGAAAAAGUAUUAUUUUCAGCAAUAAUUUUAUAGUAGAAGGAAAUUAAUUUAUUUAUACCAUUCCCAGCCCAAGCUGACAUGAUUGGUUGCAAAAGAUACACUUCUUGUGCAGUUUCUGCUCUCAUUUGAGCUCAUAGAAGUUAAUCUAAUGCAACAGAAUAGAAUUUGGCCUUAAAAUGUGAAACUGCUAAAUGAGCUAGUAAUACAUACAGUACCCCUGUGAGGUAGUAAAAUAACUUUAUCCACAACUUACUGCCCAAUCAUGUGGUUAGUUAGAUGAGUACAAUAUCAGAUUUCACAGAUUUUUUCAUUUUUGAGACAACUAAGAAGAAAAACAUAAAUCUCAAACCAGACUACUUGUUAGUAGUAAAACGAGUGUUCUGUUUUGGAGUAGUUACAGAAAAGGUGUCUUCAGGCAACAAUAACCUACAGUAAUUACUGAAGUACUAUCAGUUUGGAAGGCAUGUGGAAGCAGGUUAGAUUGCUAGAAGCAGUACAUUAAUGCCAAAAAAAGUGUUGGCUCAUCCUGUCUUCUUGACAUUCUCGAAUAUUACUGCACUUCUUCACUUUCAUCUUUGUGAAAUAUGCAAGAAACAUUUCUUAUGUUUGUAUUUUAAUGUGCGUCAGAGUGAUAUUAACAGAUGAAAUGGACUCAAGUAGCUACUGAUGUUCCAUGAAUGUGGAAUUGUGAGCUGUAUAAAAAGAAAUUGUGCCAUAAGCUUUUGACAUAAAGGUUUAACAUAAUAUAUGGUAUUUUCUGUGUUAGUGAUCCUGGCUUUUUAAAGGCUACAGUGAGAAAAAAAUAAAAAUUUAUAUGAUAGUGUAUUAAUAACUUGUCUGUGAGUUUUCAAAAUAUUCUCCUGUGAGUUCUCUCUGACAGCAAUUUCAUUGCAAAGUACUUCCUUUUUUGGUAAAAAUCUAUAAAUGUGUUGUGCAUGGACUUUAUUAGAUUCCUUUUUAUUGUAUUACAGUAUCAUAUUGCACUUAAACUGACAUUCUCUGCAGUCAGAAGUGUUAAAAAUGUGAAAUUUAUGGUGUCACCGAUGUCAUUGUAGAUAUUUUGUUCAAAAAAGAAAAUAAACUUAUCUUUUUUCAGAAA